AUGGCCUCUGAUCAUCAAAACUAUGGCACAUUGGCGACGGGGGGUUCUAACGGCACCAAAUCCCUAUCAAAGUUGCAAGACACGGAAAGUUCCCGAGAGGAAGAUGGGAGUUUGCACUCGCAGCUCGAUGACGAGCACACAAGAUUACGAAGAGAGCUCUCUGCACGCCAAGUCUCCAUGAUUGCCAUUGGAGGUGCGAUUGGAACAGGUCUCUUUCUUGGUACGGGACGGUCUCUGGCCGCAGCGGGUCCUGGCACUAUGAUCAUCUGUUACUCCAUCACUGGCUUUAUUGUCUACAUCACUCUUCUACUAUUAGGAGAGAUGGCAACGCAAUAUCCCGUAGCUGGGAGCUUCACAUCAUAUGCAACACGCUUUGUUGAUGAUGCUUUUGGCUUUGCUUUGACAUGGAACUAUUGGUUCAAUGAUGCAGUAUCAGUCGCCUCGGACCUUACUGCUGCACAGCUCGUUGUUGGUUUCUGGGAUUCCAAGAUUCCAGGAUGGGCCCUGUCCUUGUUGAUUCUCUUCUUCCUUCUCGGAGCCAAUGCUAUACACGUCAAGGUAUAUGGUGAACUCGAGUACUGGCUCUCUUCGAUCAAGAUUGUCACCAUUAUUGUCUUUAUCAUUACCGGAGCUAUCGUCAACACUGGCAUUAACCGCGAACAUCAAUACAUCGGAUGGGUCAACUGGACGAUAGGAGAUGCGCCAUUUGUAGGGGGGAUUGAAGGGUGGGCUACCGUUUUUGUGACCUCUGCAAUGUCGUAUGGAGGCACUGAAUCAUUGGCAAUCACGGCGGGCGAGACGAGAGACCCGACCCGGACUGUACCAAGGACUGUUCGUUUGGUAAUUUUGAUAUUCUACCUCUUGACCUGCUUCAUCAUCGGACUCAACGUGCCAUACACAUACCCUAAUCUGUCAAAUAAAUCGACCACGACAUCUCCAUUCACCAUCAUAUUCUCAAUGGCGGGCUCGAACAUUGCGGCAUCCGCUAUGAAUACCGUCAUAUUAACCUCGGUUCUCUCAGCGGGCAAUCACGCAUUGUUCGCUGGGACUCGAAUUCUUUAUUCGCUCGCCAAAUCAUCACAAGCACCCCGCGUCUUUGCACGCACGAGUCUGCGUGGAGUACCAUGGCUAGCAUUAGUCGCAACUGGCUCUGGUUCUGCACUUUGCUUUGCAUCGUCAUAUGUUGGCAGUGGGCAACUGUGGUAUUGGCUGCAAAACCUAGUCGGUGUCUCAAACCAGUUAGCUUGGCUGUCGAUUGGACUGGCCAGCUUGCGUUUUAGGAGAGCAUGGACUUUGCAAGGCAAUUCCUUGGACGACUUGCUCUGGCACCCAAAAUGGACGAGGUUCUGGGGUCCACCUUUCGUCAUCUUUGCCGUUGUUGCUAUUUGGGGAGUUCAAACCUACAGCGCCGUUGCGCCUCACUUUGGCAUAGUAGACUUUCUCUCUCUAUACCUCCAAUUACCGGUAUUCCUUGUCCUAUUCGCGGGCUGGAAACUCUUCCGGCGGUCAAAGUUCGUUGACUUGAAGACUGUGGAUUUAGCAGCCGACGUCUACAUUCCCGAUGAGGAAACGCGUGCCGCCCUUGAUGCAGCAGAAGAAUUGAGAAACGAGCGACUUCAAGGAUGGAGGGGAAUAGGAUGGAGACUAUAUUACUGGAUCGCAUAG